AUGCCAGAUCUCUAUUGGCGCCCAUGGGUUGAUGAAGAAACCGAAGCAGCCGAAGAACUACAACUUGUAGAUCACGACGUAAAUGAGCAGCAACAAAAUGAUGAAAAUGAGAUGGAAAUAGAACCAUCAGAAUCUCAACAAAAUUCACCUCCAGAGCAGGUAAGGGAAGACAAUGAAAACAGCGAAAAUGAAUUUGCAUCGAACGAAAAUACACAAAAUCCCAUCAAUACACCACAAGCACACACAGCGCACACUUCUGAGGCAACUGGUCCAACAUUACAGCAAACAGCAAGUAGUACAACAUCGUUCACAUCGUCGGCGACAUCCACGACAUCCCCAGCGUCGUCAGUACCGUCGAUACCGUUUGCACCGUGGACAACGUUGGUACAGUCGACAACGUUGGCACCCUCGACAUCGCUGGUAUCGUCGACUUCGUUGGCAUCGGCGACUUUGUUGGAACCUUGGACAACGUUGGUAUCGUCGGCACCAUUGGAACCGUCGACAACGUUGGCACCGUGGACACCGUUGCUACAUUUGACAUCUUUGGCAUCGGGGACAUCGUUAGAACCGUCGACAUCGUUUGUACCGUGGGUACAGUCGACAUCGUUGGGACCGUUGGGACCGUCGAUAUCGUUAGGACCGUUAAGAUCGUUGGAACCGCCGACAUCGUUGAUACCGUGGACAACGUUGGUACCGUGGACACCGUUAGUACAGUCGACAUCGUUGGAAGCGUCGACAUCGUUGGUACCGUCGACAUCGUUGGAACCGUCGACAUCGUUAGUACCGCGGACAUUGUUGGUACCGCCGAAAUUGUUGGCAUCGGUGAUAUCCCCAGCAUGCACAGCAUCGGUUGCCGUACAAACUUCGCAAACAAUAAAAUCCUCUGAUAGUCCAACUGCAACUGAACACAAUGAAGCUGAAGAAAAGUUUGAUAGAAACACUUUACCACGGUCGCAAUCGAAAAAAGUAACAAAAAAACAAGUUAAGUGUCCAAUUUCAGAUGUAUCUCCACAAGUUUCGAAAACAGCUUGGUCGAAAAUCAAAAAGAAGAGCAGUCGGUUAAGUUGUCAGCUACAUAAUUUUGAUCCACAACAAACACCACCACAGUACACGCAUCCACCUCCUCCACAGUACACGCAACCUUAUUUUGUAGUCUGUAGGAGUAGGUCACGAUAUGCAAUGCCACCCUACCGAUUAACAAGACCAUACUUUAUUGCUACAACAUCGUCACAAGGCUUCACAACGGAGAGAUAUGGAGGAUAUCCCGCUUACUCUUUCCCACAACCGCGAACAGACAUAACAAUGGAAUCACAAAACUGGCUCAAUAUAAACCAAAGUUCGCAAUCAGCCGCAACCUCGCCUUUAAAGCAACGGGCAACAGGCGCAUGGUUUUUUGAAGAAAAACCAAAUCGGAGGCAGCAGAAAAAGUAG